ACCAUAUAUGUCGGUGUGCAGCUGAUCUGGCUGAAACAAAUCAACAAUAUUACCCCCUUUUCAGCCUCUCACUCCCUCCUCACCCCAAACCCUUCUUCCCCUGCUCUGCUCAUUCUUCCCCAAUUUCAACCCCAAAUCAUGGAAACCAGCUCGGUUUCCAAAUGGGUUUUGCUCUUCUUGCUCUUACUUCAAAUGGGUGUUCAAAAGAUUCAGUGUACUGUCACAUAUGACAACAAGGCCAUUGUUAUUAAUGGUCAAAGAAGAAUCUUGAUUUCUGGUUCUAUACAUUACCCCAGAAGUACCCCAGAGAUGUGGGAAGAUUUGAUUAUGAAGGCUAAAGAAGGAGGGCUUGAUGUGAUUGAAACUUAUGUGUUUUGGAAUGUGCAUGAGCCUUCUCCUGGCAAUUAUAAUUUUGAAGGGAGAUAUGAUUUGGUGAGAUUCUUGAAGACGGUGCAAAAAGCAGGGCUUUAUGCUCAUCUCCGUAUUGGACCUUAUGUUUGUGCUGAAUGGAAUUUUGGAGGAUUCCCAGUUUGGCUGAAAUAUGUUCCUGGAAUUAGCUUCAGAACUGAUAAUGAGCCAUUUAAGAGGGCUAUGAAGGGUUUCACUGAGAAAAUUGUGAACAUGAUGAAGAGUGAAAAACUGUUCGAGUCAGAAGGAGGUCCGAUAAUCCUAUCUCAGAUUGAAAAUGAGUAUGGGUCUAUUGGGAAAGCACUUGGAGGUGCUGGAUAUAACUACAUGACUUGGGCUGCAAAGAUGGCCGUCGGAUUGGGGACAGGUGUCCCAUGGGUCAUGUGCAAGCAAGAAGAUGCCCCUGAUCCUAUUAUAAACACAUGCAAUGGUUUCUAUUGUGACGCUUUCUCCCCGAACAAGCCAUACAAACCAACCAUUUGGACCGAGGCUUGGAGUGGCUGGUUCACGGAAUUCGGUGGCCCAGUCCAUGAGAGGCCCGUUCAAGAUUUGGCAUUUGGCGUUGCGCGGUUCAUACAAAAGGGUGGAUCAUUUUUCAACUACUAUAUGUACCACGGAGGAACGAAUUUCGGUCGCUCUGCUGGAGGCCCGUUCAUCACUACCAGUUAUGACUAUGAUGCUCCACUUGAUGAAUACGGUUUGAUCAGACAACCAAAAUACGGGCAUUUGAAGGAGCUUCACAAAGCUAUCAAGCAAUGUGAACCCGCUUUAGUUUCCGCAGAUCCUACAGUCACUUCUUUGGGAAACCUUCAACAGGCCCAUGUAUUUUCUUCCGAAUCCGGACACUGUGCGGCUUUUCUAGCUAAUUACAACCCAAAUAACGCUGCCAAAGUGAUGUUCAACAACAUGCACUAUACAUUACCACCAUGGUCCAUCAGCAUCCUUCCCGAUUGCACUAACGUCGUCUUCAACACCGCAAAGGUUGGGGUUCAAUCGACACAAAUGGAAAUGUUGCCGACGAAUACCGAUUUGUUUACAUGGGAAACGUACAAUGAAGAUCUGACCACCGCUGAUGACAGCUCGACUUUCACUGUGACGGGUCUACUAGAGCAGGUUAAUGUCACCAGAGAUAAUAGCGAUUACCUUUGGUAUUCUACAAAUGUUGAAGUAAGUUCUUCUGAAUCGUUUUUGAGAGGCGGGGAGCAUCCUAAAUUGUUGGUCCAGUCAACGGGUCAUGCUCUUCAUGUGUUUGUUAAUGGAGAACUUUCAGGUUCGGCUUUUGGAACACGUGAAAACAGGAGAAUUACUUACAAAGAAAAAGUCAAUCUCCGUCCCGGGAACAAUAAGAUAUCACUGCUUAGUGUUGCCAUGGGAUUACCGAAUAUCGGAGGACAUUAUGAAACAUGGGAAACCGGAGUUACGGGUCCAGUGGCUUUGUACGGUCUUGAUCAGGGGAAGCAAGAUUUGUCAUGGGCUAAAUGGACCUACCAGGUUGGCUUGAAGGGUGAGGCCAUGGACGUUAUCUCUGCGAACCAUAUGUCAUCGGUUGCAUGGCUGCAGGGUUCUCUUAUCGCUCAGAAACAACAGCCGCUAACAUGGCACAAGGCUUCUUUUAACGCACCAGAGGGAGACGAGCCGUUGGCUCUAGACAUGAGCAGUAUGGGCAAAGGUCAAGUAUGGAUCAACGGUCAAAGCAUAGGAAGAUACUGGACCGCGUACGCCACCGGUAACUGCCAAGGGUGCCAUUAUGCCGGUACUUACCGCCCUCCCAAAUGUCAGCUCGGAUGCGGUCAACCAACCCAGCGAUGGUACCACGUGCCUCGAUCGUGGUUAAAGCCGACAGACAAUUCACUGGUGCUAUUUGAAGAACUCGGUGGAGACCCGACCCGUAUUUCACUAGUCAAACGGUCAACAACAACCGUAUGUGCGGAUAUGUUUGAAUAUCAUCCAAACAUCAAGGACUGGCAUAUUGAAAGCUAUGGUAAAACACAAGAGCUCCAUAGACCGAAGGUGCAUUUACACUGCGGUCCAGGUCUAACCAUUUCCGCUAUUAAAUUCGCGAGCUUUGGAACCCCGCUGGGAACAUGUGGCACAUUCCAACAAGGAACUUGUCAUGCUCCGACAUCCUACGAUGUCAUUCAAAAGAGGUGUAUUGGGAAAGAAACGUGUGUGGUGACCAUAGCAAACAGCAACUUUGGUGAAGACCCGUGCCCCAACAAACUGAAGCGGUUGACAGUUGAAGCCGUGUGCGCUCCAAGUGCAAGAGGUUGAGUGCAAAGUAAACAGGAAAGAGAGAUACUAAUCAACAAAGUUGUGAUUUAAUUAGAAGGUAAUGUAGGGUGUAUAUUAGUGAAGAUCUCAGGGGUUCUAAAUUGGGAGCCUCGUGAUGGGUCGGAGUACUACUGGUUAUCUGGCGUUUUUGACCGGAAAGUAGAACCAGUUGUUUACCUGAAUAUUUGGUGUGAUUUAUUUGUAUGAUUGUUAAAUGUUUAAGGUUGGGGGAACCGAAACCUCAGAUUUAGGUUCAGGUUUUAGGAAUGGUUCCUAUACUGAACAUUUAUGUUAAUUGUGUGCAGUUUUUAAUGUCAACCAUCAAUUGUCUUUUCUAAU